AUGUCGCCCGCCGCGCAAGCGCCCCCGACGGCCGCUGAGAAGGUUGCGUCCUUCUUCUCCCGUCUGAGCCCCGUGCCCGCAUUCCCCGACUACACCGGCCCGCACAAGGUCGGCACCGUCGACAUUGAGGUGCCCGUAUCCGAGCUGGAGUCGCCCAGUCCGACCCCCUACAGCGCCUCUGAGAUCUACACCGUCCAGUGCCGUGUAUUCUACCCUGCCGUCCCCGAAUCGACCGGCAAGAACAUCAGCUGGCUGCCCUCGCCCCAGCGACAGCAUGUCUCAGCAUAUACCCAGUUCAUUGGCGUUCGCCCGAUGCUGGCAGACCUCGUUUCCUUCCUACCCCGGCAUCUGCACUACACUACGAUUCCCGUCCACAAGAACGCCGAAAUCCUCGAUCCUGAUACCCCGAACCGACGAUGGCCGACCAUGAUCUUCUCCCACGGCCUCGGCGGCAACCGAAACACAUACUCCCAUCUCGCAGGCUCCAUCGCCUCCCACGGCAUUGUCGUAAUCUGCCCUGAGCAUCGCGACGGCAGCGCCGUGGCCUCGUUUGUGCGCAUCCCUGGAAAGCAGGACCAAUACUUCCUGCGCAACACCCGCCGUGUAGUCCCCUACGUCCGCGUGGACCAUGAAGCGCGACCUGAAGUGUACGAGGCCCGCGAAGACCAGCUGCGCAUUCGCCUGUGGGAGCUGGGUCUCAUACACGUCGUGGCAUUGAACAUGGACCUCGGUCUCGCGAUGACGAACCUCAACAAGUCAACCCCGAGCUUGACGCAGUUCAAGAACAAGCUCCACGUCCACGAGCCGGGCUGCAUCAUUUUUGGCGGCCACAGCUUCGGCUCCGCCUCCAUCGUGCAGUUCCUCAAGACGACAUACUACGCGGAAUCUUCUGCCCUUGCCCACGUCCAGAAGCCCCUCUUCACCCCGCGCCCGGAUUCAGCCCUGUGUCAACAAAUAACGGAGAAGAACGUCACAAUGCUCCUCGACAUGUGGUGCUUCCCGCUCCUCGCCCCCGGCUCUUCCGCCUUAUUCGACCUGCCGCUACCCGCGUACGCCAACACCUCCCGCGCCCCCGGCGGCAGCGCCAUCCUGGCAGUCGAAUCGGACGCCUUCUUCAAGUGGACAGACCACCUCCACGUUACGGCGCGCGUGCUCUCGCCGGACCCGUCAGCGAGCGUCAUCACGCCCGCCACUUUCCGCCGCAGCGGUGUCCGCCUUACCGAGCCCAACUUCUUCUACGUCGAGAACUCGGCCCAUCUAAGCCAGUCCGACUUCGGCAUCCUCUUCCCCUGGCUGACCAAGAAGAUUUUCAACUCUGAAGAGCCCGAGCGCGCGUUGCGCCUGAACCUACGCGCGCAGCUGCAGCUCUUCCGCGCCAACGGCAUUCCUGUUGCGCGCACCUGGAUCGGCGAUCUCGUCGACGGCACCGGGUCCGGCAAGAUGGGCAUCACGGGCGACGAGGACGCGGACAACGGCCCCGACGACGGUCUCAUGGACGACAAGGCCAUCUUCGACCGAACCGAGGGCAAGGUGCAGUACUGGAAAUGGAUCGAUGUCAUCGGCAUGGGUCAGCCCGAGGAGGUCCCUGCCGAAUCGACGACGACCGACGCGACGGCAUCGACCCCCGGCGGCGUGGAUGCGCAGAUUGCGGGCGUUGAACAGACGGACCGCGACAUGGAGGACGAGCUAGAGCCUCUGCAGGCCGUCGCCAGCGCCGCGCAGCUCCAGAAUACCGCUGUGCGAGCAUGA